CUUGCUUGCCGACAUUUUUAGUGUAUCUCGUUCGUUCGUAGCGCGCGGACGCGGACGUAUUAUCGUUUACUUACUUACCUACCUAUCUAUUACUCGUACGUUUACGUCGUGAACUCGUCGUCUCGAAAUGGCGCGUACCAAACAGACUGCUCGUAAGUCGACCGGAGGUAAAGCUCCUCGCAAGCAAUUGGCGACCAAGGCCGCUCGUAAGAGCGCACCGGCAACAGGAGGUGUCAAGAAGCCUCAUCGUUACAGGCCCGGGACGGUCGCCCUUCGUGAGAUUCGUCGUUACCAGAAGAGCACGGAACUCUUGAUUCGCAAACUGCCUUUCCAGCGUCUCGUCCGUGAGAUAGCUCAAGAUUUCAAGACCGAUCUCCGUUUUCAGAGUUCGGCGGUGAUGGCCCUGCAGGAAGCCAGCGAGGCGUAUCUGGUCGGUCUCUUCGAGGACACGAACCUUUGCAAGUUCGUCAAGAUGACCGGUCGCGGUAAAGGAGGCAAAGGUCUUGGAAAGGGGGGCGCUAAACGUCACAGGAAGGUGUUGCGUGAUAACAUCCAGGGCAUCACGAAACCGGCUAUCCGUCGUUUGGCUCGCAGAGGUGGAGUGAAACGUAUCUCCGGUCUUAUAUACGAAGAGACCCGCGGCGUUCUCAAAGUGUUCCUCGAAAACGUGAUCCGCGACGCUGUCACAUACACCGAACACGCCAAGAGGAAGACCGUCACCGCUAUGGAUGUUGUGUACGCUCUGAAACGCCAAGGUCGCACCCUGUACGGUUUCGGCGGUUAAAGAAGUUUCAUCGACGAUUUUUUUUAUUUUUAUUUUUUGUCUCGAGAACGAUUCAAUUUCUUUUUUAAUUACACGGACAACCGAGCAAUGACUGACAACUGACAACAGCGGUGACAGCAAGCAAGCAACACACGACGUGGACCAUCUAGAAACAUGUUUCAAGAACUUUUUGCUGUCGUUGAUGUUGUAAAUCAAUCGCAAGUGACGUUGGUUCGUUUAAUUAUUAUUAAAUUUUUCGUUCUCGAAUACAAACAAACAAA